UAGUAUUUGAAUUUAUUAAAAAUAAUUUAAUUUCACACCCUAAGUUGUUUUAGGUAGAAAAAACAAAAAUUUGUGGAAUCAAUGUUUUAUAAAGUAGUUAUUAUAAAUUACUUCAAAUUUUUCUAGAAAAGUUACACCGGCACACAAAAAAAAAAGUUGUCUGUACUUUUGACUGGACCCACCUGUGAACAUUGUAUCCUAUAAAAUUUGCAUCCCACAAGAGUUCUAAUUUGAGAUCCAUUAAAAAUUCCUUAUGAUUGCUUGUGCCUGCAACUAGGGCACCUCCACGUGGUGAUGGUUGUCAACAGAACCAUCUGGCAGAGUCCCUGGAUUAACAGCAGUGUGCCGUCAUGACAGGUACAAGUGAUAAGUACUUUACGAUGCAGGGAACUGUAAACCCCGUAUCAACGUCUGAUCAGGGUGAGAAAGUAGGCCUUGUCUUGUGAGAAACUCGCCACAAACGUAACGAAAUGAAUCAGGACUUUUAUUACAAAGAUUGUAAUAGUAUACUCUCUAGUAGCCAAGUUUCCCACUACUGAAGAGCUGCAGUCGCUUGAUGACGACGACUGCGGGCCUACUUUCUUUGCUUUGUUAAGUCAUUAAUAAUAGUGUUAAAUAGAUUUUUUCUCAUAUUUAUAACUGCAAUUUUCCAGAUUUUUUUAACAUUUUAAAACAUUAAUGGGUCAAUAAAACUUCAAAUUCAGUAGAACAAAAUACAUAAAAACCAUACUCAAUCUGAAUCAAAAAAAUUUUUUUUAUCUUUUUCGAGUUUUCAUGAUUUAUUGCAAUUUUUUUAAAAUUUUGACGGCUCCACGGGCUAAUUGACAUUCAGAUUUAGUAAAUUGAUAUACAUAAAAAUCAUACUUGAUCUGAGUCCACAAAAAUGUUUUCAUCGCUGUGAUUGCAGUUUUUCAUAAAUUUUUGGGUUUUUUGCAUUUUACUCAAAUCUGGAGGGUGACCGGACCAAACGGAUAUCAAAUUCAGAUUCAACAGGUCGAAAUAGAUGUCCAAAGGGGGGGGGGGUCCGGUCAAAAGUACAGACAACUUUUUUUUUUAUUUGUGCUGGUGUUAUCAUUGAGUAUACAAAAAACAAAUUUCAAAUUAUGUUGUUAUAACGAUAACAAAUUAGAAUGUUUUAAAUUAAACAAAAGCAUCUUCAUACUAUAAAACAAAUUUUUUACUUUUUUUAUAUUAAAAAUAAAUGAAAGAAAGGAAAAAGAUAGAACCAAAUUGAUGGUCACUUCUAUUGAACUAUUCUAGUCUAAAACUAUCCAUGUAUCCUGUUGUUUUCAAAAAUUAUAGACAAAAACAAAUGUUAUUCGAUAAUAUUUUGGUAUCGAACUAUUGAUUAUGACUGACGAAUGUUAUCAACCAUUCAGCAUAUUAUGUGAAUUAAAACAACUAAAUGAAACAAUAAAUAAAUUAUUUGACUGACUAAAUAUUUUCGAACUAUUAAGUAAAAUAUAGUUGAGUUUUUUUUUAACUAAGACCGAACAUAGUCGUGCAAAUUUCAUUCCGUAGUAUUUAUUUGAUUGAAAAAUUUAACCAGUAAUUUUAAUUUGAAUGUAAACUUUCGAAUAAUUCACUCGGAAGUUCGAUAGUCAAAAACUAGUUGUUGGAUAAUAACAAUUGAAUGAUUAUUUGAUAUAUCUGGUAAUCAAAAUAUUUGAUAAUGUCCGUCUCUACCAGCAAUACUGGUUAUCACUGAUAACAAAUACGCCGGGAUGAAACUUAUCUAAAAUAAAUUAGGAAUUUUAAUAAUUCUGAAAAUUAAACUUGAUUUGUUAUUUAAUUGUAACUUAUGUUAACGAAUUUAAAACUUAAAGUCUUUAUUUUUGCUAGGUUUUUAUUAGUAUAUAUUAUUUAUUUUUCUUCACAAUGAAUCAAGAAGGUAAAAAUAGUAAUCGACAAUCAUCAAAAACAGAUAAUUACGAUGGUUGGGGUUUUGAUUUAUUCCCUGAGAGGAGAGGUAAUUUUAAGCCGACUGUCAAAAAUGUUUUAUUUGAAGGACGAGGAAAUGAAAAUUUCGAAAAAAUUAAAUGUGAAGGAAAAGUUAAAUAUUGCAUAAAUAAUAGUCCUUUAGUCAAAGUAAUGUUUGGUGCUUUAAAGAAAGCAGGCUGUGAAGUAAACCCAUCAAGGCAUAUAGCAUGUGAACUUUGUGAUACGACUGUUCAUGGUGGCUAUGAUCCAAUAAUGAAUCAAGUGGUUAUAUGCCAAAACACAGCAACAUCUAAAGGAACAAUUCAAGGUGUACUUACUCAUGAACUUAUACACAUGUUUGAUAGUUGUACACGCAAAUUAGACUUUCGAAAUAUUGAGCAUUUAGCAUGUACUGAAAUAAGAGCUGCAAAUUUAACACAUUGUGGAAUUUUUUCAUCAAUGUUAGAAGGUCAUUCAUCUGUUUUUAACUUUAAGAAAAAACAUCAAGACUGUGUUAAACACAAAGCUACAGUAUCUGUGUUAGCUGUUAGAGAUGUAACAUUAGAAGAAGCAAAAGCAGCUGUUGAAAAAGUUUUUGACAAGUGUUAUGCAGAUUUAGAACCCAUUGGGCGUAGAGUUAAAGGAAGAAGAAUUGAUUAUGAUUUAGCUUACGCAGAAGCUUUUAUGAUGGGUUACGAUUAAUUAUAUUAUUAUAAUGAAAACUAUUUGAAUUAGGAAUAUUAAAUAAAUUUUAGAAUAGUUUAUAUUAUGAAUUUUGUUAUUAACUAAUAUAAUUUAGUUUAAAUUUUUUAA